AAAUAUAGAAAAAUAAAUCUAAAAAAGUGAAUUUAUUGAAAAAAAAAAAUAUUAGCAGCAAAAAAAAAUGGAGAACGGAGCGAGACGAGGAACAGCCACUGAAUUUAGUUAUAUUCUGCAGAGACAAGCGAGCGAUGACUCUGUUGACAUACAUGCAUUCGAUGACCUAAAUACUCUAAUGAAGGAUGACAACAACUCAUCCACACAAUUAUCGUCACUCCGUCAAGCAUCAUUCAAUUACAUAAACAGCAUCGUUGGCAGCGGCGUAAUUGGCAUCCCCUAUGCCUUGCAUCGUGCUGGCUUUGGCUUAGGAUUACUUUUACUAAUUCUCGUUGCUGUGAUAACAGACUACUCGUUAGUGUUGAUGAUUCAAUGUGGUCACAUGUGCGGAAGAUUCAACUAUCCCGGCAUCAUGGAAGCUGCUUAUGGCAAAUGGGGAUAUUAUUUACUUUUAUUGUUGCAGUUCAUGUAUCCGUUCUUGGCGAUGAUUUCGUACAACGUCGUUGUCGGCGACACACUUUCCAAGGUUCUUGUGCGUCUGAUACCAGGUUUGGGGCAGUCAAUGGGAGCUGUGCGACUCGGCGUUGUCUUUAUUGUGACGUUAUGUGUGACGGUGCCGCUUUGCUUGUACAAAAAUGUCUCGCGAUUGGCAAAGGCGAGUUUUGUGAGUCUCGCUUGUGUCGUCUUCAUUUUAUUGUGUGUCAUUUAUAAGUUGAUAUCCGGCGAUUACAGCAUGGUCAAAGAUACGCCCGAAUCAUGGCGAGUGAUGCAUUUUGAUGUCGUUCCGGCGAUCGGAGUGUUUGCCUUUGCGUUCAUGUGUCAUCACAACACAUUUCUGGUUUAUCAGAGUAUGCGAAACGCAUCGCUUGAAUUAUGGCAACAUGUCACCCAUAUUUCAGUUGGAUUUGCAUUAAUUAUUUCGGCGCUUUUUGGCUUGGCGGGCUACGCAACGUUCCGCGCGUUGUCCCAAGGAGAUUUGCUCGAAAAUUAUUGCUGGUACGAUGAUUUGAUGAAUUUGUCACGAGUCGCAUUUUCAAUAUCAAUUUUGCUUACGUUUCCAAUUGAAUGCUUCGUGGCGAGAGAGAUUGUUCGUACUCAGUUGGAGCGUUUUAAGGCACAUGAUCCUACAACGACGCUUGAGAAGCCAAAAGAUCCCACCGAAGAGACAGGAGAAGAGGAUGAGGAAAAUUCCGUGAUCAUAACGCUCGUGAUUGUUUUUCUCGCUUUCAUUAUUUCGCCUGGAACGGAUUGUUUGGGACCCAUUUUGGAGUUAAAUGGUCUCCUUGCAGCAAUUCCCCUGGCUUACAUCCUUCCCGGCUUGGCAUUUAUUCAACUUGAGCCGCAUUCCCUGUUCAGUCGAGAAAAACUUCCCGCUUUGGGUCUUGUGAUUUUCGGGGUUCUCGUGACAAUUUCAGGCGUUUCUGUGCAAAUUCCAAAUUUAUUCUCAGAUUGUGCGACGGGCACUGUGAUGGGAUAUUGCGAAACGGGCGAUUCUGUGGCAAAUACGAGCGCAAAAGCAAUCGUUGGAGAUAUUUGUACGCCAGCCCCAACUUCAACGAAGAUAAUUAUGAAAAUGUAA